UCCAGUCCCACUCGGUCUCAUUCUUACAGUUUCUCCCUUGUUCUGGUUUAUCGCAUUUCUCUUCUCGCGGGUUGUUCUUCGCUACCCUGUCCGCUAUGAGAAGAGAUAACAUGGGAAAAGUAUCUCCAAAGGAUAAAGGAUCCAUGACUCCCAAACAAAAGAGGCGGUUGAGGAACUCAUGCCACAAGUACUUGAAGCCUGGAGCACUUGCUCAGCUUCGAUACAGUAAAGCAACAUCUGCCAAAUCUUGCACUGAUAUUGGCAAGAAAAGAGUCAUUGUGUCUGAUUCCAAGAAGCCUGAAAGUGAUGAUCAAAGCCCUCCAAUGUUAUCACCGGAAAGGAUCAGUUUCCGUGCUGUAGGAGGUCCGGUUGAUGUGAUUAAAAAGAAUAUGCUACCAAUAUCACCCAAGACUCCUCGGGCAAAUGAUUGUGAAUCAGAGUCGAGGCUUGAAUCUCUCCCAAUGGAUAUUCUGGUUAAAAUUCUCUGCCAUUUGCACCAUGACCAACUGAGAGCUGUUUUCCAUGUUUCCCAGAGAGUAAGGAAAGCUGUAUUGCUUGCUAGACAAUGCCACUUCAAUUACACAACUCCUGAUAGAUCUCGGCAGGAAAUGUUGAGAACAAAGACUCCUCUCCCAACAGAACAUUGGCCUUUUAUAAGUAGGGGAGAUGGAAAGGGUAUUUUUGCUCGGAGUCCUCACACCCCCAAAGCACCAAGACAUGGUCCCCGACCUCCUUCUCGUCUCAAUGUGGCUGAGAUGCGGCAAAUUGCUGCUGUCCUCUUCCAGGAGUCCACAUUUCCUUCAAGGUGCAUUGUUCCACCUGGUUUGCCAAAGCCUCUAUGCAAGUCUCAGGCUUCUAACCGGGUCCUCUUCUAUGAAGAUGAAUUAUGCCAUGCAGUUGCUCAAAAUAAACUUCGUUGAUUUCUUAUCUAUUCCCUUGUUACUCCCUUUUGUUCUUAUAUGUAUAUAGUUCCCUCCCCUCUUGAGUUAUAGUAAGGAGAAAGGGUGCAUUUUUGUAGCUUGGCAUGGCUAUUUUAGGUGUGAUGGUAUGGAAAUCUUGUUUUGUAGUGGGAAAGUAAAGGUUUAAAGAUCAGUACUGCUAUAGUUAUUUGACUAAUAUCAUUUGAACUGGUUAUUGUAUAGUUUCCUAGAUUAUAUUGGCAAGUUCUAUAUAGUUUCAUAGUAAUAGUU